GCAGAGCGGAACAAACAUCCUGAGUGGAUGGAUGUAACGAUUAAAAACACUUUGUUUGUUUGUAUUGACUAAAAAUAGUCUGGAGCAUUUCUUUUAAAUGUCCGUAUGACGUGUGACGUCUGAGAUGAGCGUCACUUUGGAUAUAAGACUGAAAAGAGCGAACAAAGUUUAUCAUGAAGGGGAAGCGGUGUCCGGUGUCAUCGUGCUGGUGUGUAAGGAGGCACUGCAGCAUCACGGCAUCACCCUGAACAUGGAGGGCGUGGUGAACCUGCAGCUGAGCUCCAAGAGCGUUGGUGUCUUCGAGGCUUUCUACAACUCUGUCAAGCCCAUCCAGCUGAUCAGCAGUAACAUCGAGGUGGCGAAGGCAGGAAAAAUCCCAGGAGGCAAGACUGAGAUCCCCUUUGAGUUCCCUCUGAUCACGAAAGGCAACAAAGUGCUGUACGAGACCUACCACGGCGUCUUCGUCAACAUUCAGUACACCCUCCGCUGUGACAUGAAGCGCUCCCUGCUGGCCAAAGACCUGAGCAGGAACUGUGAGUUCAUCGUGCACUGUCAGCCUCAGAAAGCCAAAGUUGUCCCGACUCCGGUCAACUUCACCAUCACUCCUGACACCCUGCAGAACACUCGCGAGAGGAGUUCACUGCCAAAGUUUCUAGUCAGGGGACAUUUAGACGCCACCAACUGCGUGAUCAGCCAGCCGCUGACUGGAGAGGUGGUGGUGGAGAACUCAGACGUCCCCAUCAAGAGUAUUGAACUGCAGCUUGUGCGAGUAGAGACCUGUGGUUGUGCUGAAGGUUACGCCAGAGAUGCCACGGAGAUCCAGAACAUCCAGAUAGCUGAAGGCGACGUCUGCCAUAGCCUCUCUAUUCCCAUCUACAUGGUCUUUCCCAGGCUGUUCACCUGCCCCACACUGGAGACCACCAACUUCAAAGUCGAGUUUGAAGUCAACGUUGUCAUCAUGCUUCAUGAUGAUCACCUUAUCACAGAGAACUUCCCUCUGAAGCUGUGCAGAGUCUGAACCGACGCAGCUCUACUGGAUUCAAUGCUCUCUACAACACUUUUGUAAAAUGCAGCAGUACCUCUAAUAAUGCUAAUACUCUGACUAUAAAUACACCUGAAUUUUGUCAGAAAUAUACAUAAACAUGACCAAAAGUGUUAGAUAUCAUUCCUUUAUUAUGUUUUAAAGGUGAAAUUUCAGUUUAAUAAACAUCACAUUUUUCAAAGUGAA